CUGUAGGCCGCGUUGCACCGAACAACACGGUCCGGCUCUGCCUCUGCGCCGCCGGCCGCGUGUCCAACACGGCACGGCGGAGUAGGAAACAUAACAUGCUCAGCGUCGUCACGGACUCCAUCGUGAACGCCGCGGGCCUCAUAUAAACAGAAAGCUUUUCAAAGUCUCGUGGAAGCGGCGGCAGCACCACGGCAUGUUGGAUAUAACAUGUCGGGGACAGAAGCCCCCAGCCUGAAAUACAAUCAGGUGGUGCAGCAUGUAACACAGCUGAUGAGUGUAAAAGAAAAUGGAAGAACAUGAGAGACAGGUACUUGAAGGAAGUCCGAAUGGAGAUCAAAAGCAAGAAGCAAGGAGAGAUCGUACAAAGUAGAUGGAAAUACAGACAACUUAUGAAUUUUAUCGCACCCUUUACUGGAUCAAGAAGUGGAGUGGCAGACAUCAAUGACAACGACCACGACAAUCCUGACGAGUCAUGCGGUGCCGAGGGCGAAACCUCAUCGUCUGAGGCGAUCAAGACACUGCAGUCCGUCAUGAAGGUCUCUGUGAGUCAACCUGACCUCAAGCCCCCGGUAGCAUUUAUGACGCCGCUCCCGUCAAUGUCUCAAGACGCACAGAUGGCCCAGCUGGCUGUUCUGGCUAAGAUGCCAUCGGCCCCACAGAGCACCUCCAUCAACAAAACUGGACGGAAACGUCGCCUGAUGCAAGAGUCACUUUCACUGUCUUCUUCUCAAAGUGCACCAUCUCCUACAAAGUGGCUGGUCAAAGACAAUGGCGCCACAUUUCCCAACCGGCCACGGGAUGAGGAUGAACUGUUCCUUCUGAGCUUUGUCCCCGCUCUGAAGCGACUUGCUCCACAGAAAAGGUGCGAGACAAAAAUAAAGAUCCAGCAGAUUAUGUAUGAAGCAGAGUUCAACGUUGCACAGCCAGGAACUCAAGAGAAACAGCCGGAGCCUGCAGCGCAGGACUAGGCUGAACAGACUAUUUUUAUACUUCAUUCUGCUUUCUAAAAACACUUCACAAAAUGCCGGAAAUAUCUAUUUUUCUUUUUUUAUGGCACAGAGUGGUCGAGUCUGAUGUACUUUUUUUCAAUGUAAAAUAAUUAACAAUGAAGAAUUUAAUUUACUAUUGAGCAAGUUGAAAUAGUUUCCACACCACUGUGAUGUGUCUUGAUUUGUAUAUUUAUUAGAUAGGAAAGGCUUAUGAGAGAAUAAAGCACUAACAGAUGUACCUUAAUUAGGACAACAGACAGAACUAUGAUUAACAUCUUUAUUUACAUAGCUUUACUGUCAAUAGAGUGAAUUAACAUUUAGAAAAGUGGUUUCAGGCCAUUCUUCAUAUCAGUAAUAAUUCUGUAAUAAUUACAGUAUUUUACAUUUAAUUACAGUGACAGAAAACUGAGCAAAAGAAAAGUAAAUUGAGAGGAACACUGUUUCAUAAAUUAAUAUUUCAGCUGCUUACAUGCAUCAACAUUUCUUUUUUUUAAAUCUAAAAAUAAAGAGACACUGUCUAACGUUGUUUUGAUUUAAAGAAAUGUGUAUGAUUUUGGUACAUUUUCGCCAAUGAGAUGCGUAAUUUGUGAGAUUGGGUACAGCUAAAUAAAACAAAAAAACCAACACUCUUAGUACAUUACUGAAAAGAGAGACAACCAGGAGGCACCUGCUUGUACUCAGAGUGAAACUCAGUAGGAAACUUUGCAACCGGUUAAAAUGUUUUUAAGGGAAGAUAUAGUGACCAGAUGUAACGGUAGGAAAAGCACAGGUGUAAAUAAUGAAAUUAAUGUUCCCACUGUCAUGGUUUACUGGGACCCUUGAGUAGAACAGAGCCUUCGUUAAUGUUAUUAGUAACACCUGUGCGUUUCCUGCUAUGACUCAAUUAGAGAA